AUGUCUUGUAAUAACAGAGAACAUUCGAACACUGUGCAAGAAAUAACAUAUAACUAUUUACCAACAAUAGAAAUAACUAGAAGCUACUUUCUCUUCAUCUUCUUUCCCUUCCUCUUCUUUUCCCACCUCUUUCUCCUCCACUUCUUUCCCUUCCUCUUCUUUACUCACCUCUUUCUCCUCCACUUCUUUCCCUUCCUCUUCUUUCCCCACCUCUUUCUCCUCCACUUCUUUCCCUCCUAUUCUUUCCCCUUCUCUUCUUUCUCAUCCUCCCUCUUCUUUUUAACUUCUCUUCUUUCCUGCCUAUUCUUUCCCCUCCUCUUAUUUCCCCACCUCUUAUUAGCACCCUUUCUUCUUUCCUCUCCUCUUCUUUCCCCUCCUCUUCUUUCCCCUCCUCUUCUUUCCGCCUCCUCUUCUUUACCCCUUCUCUUUUUCCAUUCCUCAUCUUUCCUCUCCUCUUUCUCCUUCUCUUCUUUCACCUCAGCUUCUUUCCCCAUCUUUUCUUUCUCCUCUUCUUUUCCUUCCUCUUCUUUUUGCCUUCUCUUCUUUUUGCCUUCUCUUCUUUCUCCCUCUUCUUCUUUUCCUCUCCUCUACUUUCCCCCCUCUUCUUUCCCAUCCUCUUCUUUUCGCCUCCUCUUCUUUACCCCUCUUUUUCCAUUCCUCGUCUUUCCUGUCCUCUUUCUCCUUCACCUCAGCUUCUUUCCCCAUGUUUUCUUUCUCCUCUUCUUUUCCUUCCUCUUCUUUCCCCCUCCUCUUAUUUUCACUUCCUCUUCUUUCUGCCUCCUCUUCUUUUCCCCUUCUCUUUUAACCUUCCUCUCCUUUCCCCUUCUCUUCCUUUAA